UGUGUCAAAUGAAAAUAUUUACGUGAACCCGUUUUUCGAAGACCCCGUCGUCGUCCCGCAGCAACAGUUCGCUAUUUUGUCCGUAAAUUCCGUGUCGAUAGCGCGUGUUAAUUGGUUUAAAUCAUAGCUAAACGCGUUCCGGAAAUACUGUCCCAGCGGAUGGGGCCAGGUGUGGUUUGAUUCGCUAGUUGCAGGACAGUGAAAAUUCUUUUUCCCCAGAUAAGCAAACCCUUCCAAAAGUCCGAAUUGGUGAUGGUUGUUGUGUGGUGGUGAAUCAUUGAAAAAGCAAACAAAAAUUUUCAUUCAUCAGAGCCAGUAAAGCGAGAGAAGAAAAUAUCACUUCCUGGUGGCACAGAUUCGAUCCUACCAGGCCCUAGAACGGACAGAAAACGGAGCGCGAAAAACGAGCAAUGACAAUGGGAGAUGACACUCCGGUGGUCAGUUCCCUAGUCCUACCGAUUCUGAUACGUCCCAUUUUGUCACAGCUGGAACGUCGCGAUGUGGUUGCUUCCCAGACGCUGAGGGCGGCCCUGACCAAGGCGGAGAUGUCCAAUCCGGGGCUGACCUAUGACCUGGUCAUGGGUAUCAUAAAAAAGGGCGAUGUCAAUGUCAAUAUGAAUGAAAGCAUCCUGAGGCUGCAGGGAACGGCUACGGACACCGAUUUGAUUGAGUAUCGACUGAACCGUACCGAGGACGCAUUCCAGGAGUUGAACAAAAAGUCCGCAUCCCUGAAGCGCAUUCUCAGCCGAAUCCCGGAUGAAAUCACCGAUCGGAAAACAUUCCUGGAAACUAUAAAGGAAAUCGCCAGUGCCAUCAAGAAGCUGCUGGACGCGGUGAACGAGGUGGUCGGUUUCAUUCCCGGAUCUUCCGGGAAGCAGGCGGUGGAGCAGCGCAAGAAGGAGUUUGUCAAGUAUUCGAAGAAAUUCAGCACCACUCUGAAAGAGUAUUUCAAAGAGGGAGAAGCCAAUGCCGUUUUCGUCAGUGCUUUGUACCUGAUACAUCAGACUAAUCAGAUUAUGAUUACGGUGAAAAAUAAAUGCGAAUGAAAUGAAGAGAGUGCUACACCUAGAGAUCCUAGCUUUUCCGAAGGGUAACCAGUCCCAUUGCUGGGACUUAUUCUUCACAAAAGUAAUAUAUAAUGAAGUUGUUUUACUUAAAACAUAGAUCCCGGAGGAAACGUCGAAGUAUCGAACUUCGUUUUUUUUUCAGGAGUAUCCCAGAAAGUAGCAGUUGCAUAAAUGUUGAUUUAUCCAUUCUUUAUUAAGUUGAUAGAAACGAUCACUUAGACAAACAAUAAUAUACCGUGGGGGGAUUUAAAAUCAUAGAAGUUUUUUUUAUUAGUGGGAAGAGAGAGCAUGAUGCAAUUGAUGUCGUAUUAUAUAUUAAAACAUUUCCUUAUGAUUAUCGAGAUAGGAAAAAAUAAAACUGAUUUUUAAGAUUAU